UAUUUAAAAAGUUUUAACAUUCUCGGAAAUUUCACAAUUAGAAAAAUGAAAAUCUUCCAAAAAACAAUAAGGAAAGUGAGAAAAAUGAAAAAAGAAGUAUAUAAAAAUGGGAAAAAGCAAUAAAUAAGGCGUGACUGAAUAUAUUUAAAAAGGGAUAUGUUACUAGUAAGUAACAAACGGCGAUUUAUUCGUAGCCUUUUUGACUCUUCUUUCUUCCUUCCUUCUGUAACUGUUAAUCCAAAAUCUACUCUCCUCUCCUUCUCUUGUUUGUGUGUAUUCUUCCUCUUCUCCGAUCACUCCAAGAAAAAAGAUGAAAAGCCGAGAGAGAAACGUAAAGUACACGGUUCACCGGAAGCUCACAUCCCUAACGGAUCAACCUUUCAACGGCUGCCCCAAAGUUGUGAAAAUCACAGUGACCGAUCCUUGCGCCACCGAUUCCUCCAGCGACGAGGAGGAAAACGACAGAGUCGUGUCCCGUGCCGCCGCCACGAGGAAGAGAGUGAAACGUUACGUGGAUGUGAUCAGGUUCUGCGACAACAAGCAAGGAGGAGCUGCUGCAGCAAAACGCAAGAAACCGGCGGCGGCGGAGAACGGUGGUGGUGGUGAUGAUCACGGAUCGGUGAAGCCGGUCAAGUACAGAGGAGUGAGACAGCGGCCGUGGGGGAAAUACGCGGCGGAGAUUCGCGAUCCUUCGAAGGGAGCUCGUAUCUGGAUCGGAACGUUUAACACGGCGGAGGAAGCUGCCAUCGGUUACGACAAGGCCGCGAUUCGAAUCAAAGGCUGUAACGCUCUGACGAAUAUUCUGACUCCUCCUCCUCCUUCGACUCCUCCGACGGCGAUCGACCUUGAGACGGUCUCGCCGGCGAGAGAGUCGUCUCAGUACAGCAUGCGUUCGCCUACUUCUGUUCUCCGGUUUAGUCGCGACGAAGAGACGACGGAGCUCAGAACAGUCUCCGCCUCCCCCGUCGUCGUCGUCGAGGAAGAAACUCCGGCGGGUUUUUCCUUGCCCGAUCCGUUUUUCUUGCCGCCCGAACUGUUUCCCGCGAGAGAUAGUUUCUGGGAUUCCGAAAUUACCCCUGAUCCUUUGUUCCUUGACGAAACAGUCUCUACUAGAGAUUCCAACUUGUCGGACGGUUUUCCAUUAGGUGUGAUCGGUGAUCUGAGCUCUUGCUCGUGGGAUGUUGAUGAGUUUUUCAAGGAUCAUUUAUUCGACUGAGUGUGACAAUAUUCUCCACAAGAAACUCUUAUGUUUUUUUCUUUUCUUUCCGAGUGAUGAGUGGGUUUGGAUGAUAACGACGGUGAUGCAUCUUGGUCGUCCGUUUUCCCUUUUUUUCCUGUUCGACCAAGUUGUACGGCUACGAUCUUUUGGAAGACGAAGAAGGGGAUCCCGGAGAAGCGUAACGGAUUCUAUAUUUUAUUAUUCGUGAUUUUAAAUUUUAUGCUGCGAGUAAAUAUAGGAUUAGAUUUUUUUAAUUAGUGAGAGUUUUAAGGGGUUUUUGAAUUGGGGAUUUCGGGGGAGGUUUGUGUUGUGUUUUGAUUUUUUUAGUAUGUUUGCCACUAUGCAAGGAAGCAAGUAUAUAGAGCAUAUAUUAUUCUAUUAAUUCUACUACUAUACUAGUAUCUUAUAAUAAAUGUAAAUCUUUGUCUUUUGUUC